UUCUAAUCGGAGUGUGUCGUAUAAUCGAAUAAUUAAUAUUAAAUUAUGCCUCCGACAAACGACGACGACGAUCCUUAUGCACAUGCCGCUAAGGGACCUCUUAAAUUAAAAAAUGAUCAGACCGUGAGUAAAAAGAAAAAAAAUAAAGAUAGCAAAAAUAAGAAACUAAUAGAGAUAGCCAAUAAAAUCGAAGAGGAAACACCAAGGAAUAUUGAAAUCAAGCGUACAAAGGCGGAAAUAGCUUUUCAAAAAAUGCAAGAGAAGAUGCAAAAUGAGAGAAUAAAGCAGAAGGCUUCUAUGACGCACAAACAACGCGUCGAAGAAUUCAAUAGGCAUUUGGAUAGUUUGACGGAACACUUUGACAUACCAAAAGUUAGCUGGACCAAAUAAAGGCCAGGUUUUUGGAUACAUUUUUAUUUAUUUAAAUUAUAAAUAACAAUUUAUGAAAUAGUUUAUGGCAUAAAGCAUGUACAAGUUCGUUUUAAUGACUCGUAUAUUGUAUAAAAAAGAGUAUAAUACUAUAUCUAUAAUACGUCUGUACUUAUCGUGCUUUUAGACUAAUCGAACGAAUAAAAUUUCCUUGUAUCAAAUAAAGUUACAAGGAAAACUAUCGCCGAUAGGUUUCAGCGAAUAAAAUAUAAUAAUAAGUUUGUUGUAUGGUAAAUAUCGUAUGUACAUCAAUACAUAACAUGGAUGGAAU